AUGUCACUAGCUAAACCUUUGGCCAAGAUACAAGCACUUUAUACACCAUCCAAUGGCUCUAUCACCAACCAGAUAUGGUAUGUCCUUGCGGCAGUUGUCAUGACAUCGUUGAACCGGUCUCAGGAUAUCCCUCAAGUAUAUGAAGCAGUGGAAAAGACGGUGUAUGCGGAUGACAAGGAUAAACAAGACACCGAAAAGAGCAAGGUGCUACUUCGGAUGCGUGAAGGCAUUUUCAAGUCCUUUGUGAUUAUUGGAUACCCAAAGAUCAUCAAUUCUCUUCAAGCUCUCAAUACAGGCGUAUCAACCCAAGUGCUAUCCAAAAUGCCGUCAACGCCGAUUAGAACCGAAUCAUCAUGGAACGAUAUUAUCAAGCAGCGUGAACGUGGUCAACAUUUGUUUGAUACGAUCUAUGAGCGUCAUUCAAAAAAGGUCCAAGAAAACAUGUACACGGCGUAUCCGGAUCUUGGACAAGCAGCCAUUCAUCAGCUCUAUGGACCCGUUUUGGCUGAAUCAAGCGUGAUUUCUGCCAAGGAAACAAGCUUGAUCAUGGUGGCUGGAUUGAUGUUACAAGACGUGCCUGCACAAUUAAAGGGACAUCGAUAUGGAGCACUACAUCAUGGUGCCACGCAACAAGAUUUGGAACGUUUAGAAAUCAUGGUGGAUAUCAUUGCAAGGCAUUACAACGUCUAA